AUGUUAAAGAGUAGUUUCAAUUGCGCAUUUAUCUUGGUCUAUGGUGCACAUAAUAGAGAUGAGAAGACUCAUAUUUGGGAGGAGCUAGGUUAUAUAGCUGGGUUAUGUCAGGUUCCUUGUUGUUUUCUGGGAGACUUUAAUGAAAUAGUACAUGUUGACAAAAGGAAAGGUGCAACUAGCUUACCUCGGUCUGCCAAAGAGUUCAAGGUUUGGAUACAAGAUAUGCACUUAGUGGAUCUGGCCCUCACUGAUCGUAAGUUUACAUGGUUUCGAGGACGAUCUUGCAGUCGUAUAGAUAGAGCUCUGGUUAAUGUGGAGUGGCUAGAAGAGUUUCCAGAGACUCGCCUACGAGGUGUGCCAAGGAGUUUGUCAGAUCAUUGCCCUAUAAUAGUGGAGGACAAAAAGCUUAGGGGAGGUCCAAGGCCGUUCAGAAGUCUUGAUUCUUGGUUUACACAUGAAGGAUUUCUUAGCAUGGUUAAGGAGGAGUGGAGAGGUUUGGGGGAGAUACAGUUCACAGAUAAACUGAAGGCGCUGACAAUUCCGUUGGGAAGAUGGCAUAAGGCCAAUUUUGGUGAGAUGUACAAAAAAAUUUCAAAGUUUGAGGAAGAAACCAAGAGGAUUGAUGAUAUGGUAAGUAAUGGAGUGUAUGAUGAAACUAUGGAGGCUAGAAGAAAGGCGUUGGUUACUUGUUGUGAGAGAUGGUAUGUAAGGAAGGAAGUACAUUGGAAACAGAUGUCUCAGUCCCGGCAUGCGAAGGAGAUGGACAAAAAUACAAGACACUUUCACAAUAUAGCCUCCGCAAGAAGGCAGAAUAAUAGGAUUGAUACACUGGUAAUAAACGGCAGACAGGGCCACAAGUGUCAUUGCGAGCUUCACUCCAUGACAAAUUUAAACCUUGCUACUGGAUCGUACAUGACAUACCAGACUUUCAAUAAAGUAUACUAG